CGAGGGUGACUCGGGUCUAGGCGGCAGCGGCCCCUGCGCUUUGCGGUCGCCCAGUCCACGCCGCCUCCGGAUCUCCUCCUAGCCGGGACGCCCUGAGCCGCGUUCAACUGUGGGCCCUGAGAACUGGGGAGCUCUGGAGGGCGGACGGGCUGGCAACGCAGCGGAGCCCGGGUCCCGGAGGGCGGGGCGCUCCUCAGGAGCUGGGCAGGCCGGCAGUUAUCGCAGUGUCGAGCUGCUCCUCGGGCGUGUAGGAGCGCUCGGUGUCUUCCCGACAACUGGGCGCGCCGCCAAAGAGAGCAGCUGGGAGUCCCUACCGCUGGCCUGGCGCGGUGUGCGCUCCGGUUCCCACUUCACCCUGCAAGCCCGGGGGUCCUGGGCGGAUGGAGCCGGCUAUUCCGGGGCUCUCAGGAUUCUACCUACCUCGCGGCACGGCGCAGAGACGGGGACUUGGGGAAACAGCAUGCCUUCCCGACGCAUGGGUGUGGCAUUUGGGAUUCGGAUUCUCCCAAGGCCGGAGUCCGUGUUGGGGUUCUUGAAGCUGCCCUGCUGCCAUUCUUGAGCGUCGCCUUAGAAGUAUGCCCCCGUAAGGACUGGUGUGGGAAGCAGGUGCCUCAGAGUUGAUCUUGACCCUGCGUGUGGUGGGCCUCGGUUUCGCCUCUGCGUGAAAGAGGUCGGUCCUGAGGCCCCGAGCUGGGUCCUGCUCUGCUGUCCUUGGGCUCAUGGCCCCUUCCUGUCUCAGGCUUGCUCUGCUCUUUACCUGGGGUUGCUGUCAAGGACCCUGUGCAAGACUCGGCCAGUUUUUCUUUCUCCCUGAUGGACAGACCCAAACAUAGCCGCGCAGCAUCGUGAAGGGCUGGGGCCUUCACGCGUCUGUGGCUCUGGAAGGGCCCGGUUUCCUCAGGAGGUAAAGGAAUGUGCCUGUCCCCCGGGGGAAAGAAAGUGAAAACGAAAGCGCCCUGGCUGCUCCUGGUGUGGUCCCAUUUAAAACGAGGUUGCUGAAGGCCGGGACACGUGCUACCCGGAUGUGUGCCCAGAAACCCUGCAGCCAAGAGCAGCCACCUGGACCACCAGCCUCCCCUUCAUCCAGCUGGCCCAGCCCAGAGCCCAGGCCCACGUCUGGCGGUUUGUGUCUUACGAGAGGCCAGGCGGGGGCUGACUUCUGUCGGUUCUCAGAAGGUCAAGCCCUCUAUUAGCAUCUCCUGGAACAGUGGGCGGGGGGCAAGGUGGUGACUCUGUUCAGUCCUUAGGAUGACUGGAAGCCAGAAGGAGGAGAUUAUGCCGCCAGAGCAGGAAGUGCCUUUCCAGGAAAGCGGCUGCUGGGGCAGCAUGGGAGCCCAGUCCAGGGAGCGUUCUGGCAGAGACCAUUCCGGAACAUGGAUCUGCGCCGGCGGCUCCCAGGAGACCUUCCAUCUCGGAGCUCCUGUGGAGACCACGUGCCUGGCAGGCAUGUCGGGCCCCAGGCCUGUGGUGCUGAGCGGGCCUUCGGGAGCUGGGAAGAGCACCCUGCUGAAGAGGCUGCUCCAGGAGCACAGUGGCAUCUUUGGCUUCAGCGUGUCCCAUACCACGAGGAACCCGAGGCCUGGCGAGGAGAACGGCAAAGAUUACUACUUUGUAACCAGGGAGGUGAUGCAGCGUGACAUAGCAGCCGGCGACUUCAUCGAGCAUGCUGAGUUCUCGGGGAACCUGUAUGGCACGAGCAAGGCGGCGGUGCAGGCCGUGCAGGCCAUGAACCGCAUCUGCAUGCUGGACGUGGACCUGCAGGGUGUGCGGAACAUCAAGGCCACCGAUCUGCGGCCCAUCUACAUCUCUGUGCAGCCACCUUCACUGCACGUGCUGGAGCAGCGGCUGCGGCAGCGCAACACUGAAACGGAGGAGAGCCUGGCGAAGCGGCUGGCUGCUGCCCAGGCCGACAUGGAGAGCAGCAAGGAGCCCGGCCUGUUUGAUGUGGUCAUCAUUAACGACAGCCUGGAUCAGGCCUACGCAGAGCUGAAGGAGGCGCUCUCUGAGGAAAUCAAGAAAGCUCAAAGGACCGGCGCCUGAGGCUUGCUCUCUGUUCUCAGCACCCUGGGCCCAUACAGGACCAGGGCAGCAGCACUGAGCCACCCCCUUGGCAGGCGAUACGGCACCUCUGCGCCCUUGGCCAGCAUGUGGAGUGGAGGGGAUGCUGCCCCUGUAGUUGGAUCAUCCUGGGGUGACCCCCGACCCAGCCCCGCCGGGCUGUCCCCUGUCCCUAUCUCUCACUCUGGACCCGGGGCUGACAUCCUAAUAAAAUAACUUGGAUUAGAAAGUCCAUAAA